AUGAAGUCCAUCUCCAUUAUCUCCCUUGCGACAGCUGUCGCAGCCGACUAUGGCUAUGGCGUUCAGUCGACCUCAUCCAAGCUCGGUUAUACUACCGUCUAUCCUGGGCAUGGCAAAGAACCAGUCACUGUUACAGCCCAGUAUCAGCCAGUCCCGACCUAUGUCAACGGUGAAUGGUCGGAAUACGAGGCUAUCUCGACUGUGAUUACUGAUGGCUAUGGCAAAGAGGUCACUGUAACUGCAGCCAACCAGGACGUGACUGUGUAUCAAACAAAGAAAACCAUCACCCACACUGUCACUGCUACGCCUGAAGGAUAUGCUCACCCAACUGGCUAUGCCCACCCAACUGGCUACUACGGAGGAUCGAGUGCACCACAAACCAAUAAGACAUGGUACGAGCUCUAUGAGGAGAUUCACGAAAUUCCUUACGACCAUAUCGGAUCACAUGCGAUCCCUGGAUAUCCCGGAAACCCAAAGUACACGGGCAACAAGGAUGAGCAGGGUAUGACAAUCAAGAAGUACUCUGGUGGAAAGUGGUCCACUUAUACGCAUACCUUUACCUACGGCGCACCCAAACCCCAGGUGACCACCUUCGAUGCCCCUGGCGUCUACACUGUGCCUGCCAACGACAUCACUGUCGCAACCCCUACCAUUGUCGCUGCCGAGCAGACCUACCACGCUGAGGCCAACAAGCCCGUCACCUACGGGGGUCAGAUCGCCGAAGUCACUAAGCCAACCACCAUCGCCGCUGUGUACAUUGGAUACGAGACUGAAGGCACCAUGACCAACACUGUCGUUCACAGCACAACUGUUACAUGCUCUACCGCCGGAACAUACACCAUUGUCAAGCCCACUACAACCGUUUACGACCACGACACCACGGUUACUUAUCCUUCCGUUACUCAGUACGAGGCCGGUGUCUACCAUCACCCUGCCGAGACCGUCACCGUCACCGCCGCUCACCAGCCGUAUACUUGCAGUUUCGAGCAGACCUCUACUUAUCCUGUUGCUACCCCUGAUGCCGUCUACAGCUCAGCCCCUGUCUACAGCUCUGCUCCCAGCUACACCACUGGAGACGCUACUACCAGCACGACUCCUUAUGCUGCUGACCCGUCCUCAGACUAUCAGGAGCCUGUCGAGAGCUACGGCCAUGCAUCUGCUGGCUACGUCAAGCGCGGUGGUGUUCUUCAGCGUCGCAAGGCGGCAUCUGCUCCCGCUAAGGCGCCUGCUAAGUUCGCCAUUCUCGUUUAA